CGCCCCGCGCCGCGCGCAACAGGCCACGCGGGCUGGCCUCUCCUCGGCGUGAUCCGGAAGACGGAGCGAUGCCAAAGAAAGCAAAGCCUGCGGGGACUGGGCAGGAAGAGGGGCCUGCUCCCUGCAAACAGCCGAAGGUGGAGGCCGCUGGGGGGCCCUGCACGUUGAACUUCGACAGCCCCGGUGGUUUCUUUGAAAGUUUAAUCUUGCCCAUCAAGACAGAGACUUUCUUCAAGGAGUUCUGGGAGCAGAAGCCCCUGCUCAUUCAGAGAGAGGACCCUGCGCUGGCCACGUAUUACCAGUCCCUGUUCAGGCUCUCAGACCUGAAGGGCCUGUGCGGCCGGGGUCUGUCCUACGGACGAGACGUAAAUGUCUGCCGCUGCGUCCAUGGGAAGAAGAAGGUUUUAAAUAAAGAUGGCAAGGUGCACUUCCUCCAGCUGAGAAAAGAUUUUGAUCAGAAAAGGGCAACAAUUCAGUUUCACCAGCCUCAGAGAUUCAAGGAUGAACUUUGGAGGAUCCAGGAGAAGCUGGAAUGCUACUUUGGCUCCUUGGUCGGCUCGAACGUGUACAUAACCCCUGCCGGCUCGCAGGGCCUGCCGCCCCACUACGACGACGUCGAGGUGUUCGUCCUGCAGCUGGAGGGGCAGAAGCACUGGCGCCUCUACCGGCCCACCGUGCCCCUGGCGCGCGAGUACAGCGUGGAGGCGGAGGACAGGCUCGGGAGGCCCGCCCUCGAGUUCACGUUGAAGGCUGGUGAUUUGCUGUACUUUCCCAGAGGGACCAUCCAUCAGGCGGACACGCCCCCGGGGCUGGCCCACUCCACUCACCUGACCAUCAGCACCUACCAGAGCAGUUCGUGGGGAGAUUUCCUUUUGGACGCCGUUUCGGGGCUUGUGUUUGAUGCCGCGGAGGAAGACGUGGGGUUCCGGGCCGGCAUCCCCCGGCGGCUGCUCCUGGUGGAAGCCACAGCCGAUGCGAGGAGGCGGCUAAGUGGCUUUCUGAGGACGCUGGCAGACCGCCUGGAAGGCACCCACAAGCUGCUUUCGUCGGACAUGAAGAAGGACUUUGCCAUGAACAGACUCCCCCCUUUCCAUGUGGGAGACGGAGCAGCGCUUUCCACGCCAGGUGGACAGUUGCCGAGGUUGGACAGCAUCGUGAGGCUGCAACAUAAAGACCACAUCGUCCUCACAGUGAUGCCGGAUCAGGGUGGGUCUGAUGAAACUCAAGAAAAGAUGGUUUACAUCUACCAUUCCUUACAGAACAGGAGGGAGACACACAUGAUGGGGAACGAGGAAACAGAGGCGCAUGGACUCCGCUUUCCUUUAUCUCAUGUGGAUGCACUGAAGCAAAUUUGGAACAGCUCAGCGAUUUCUGUCAAGGACCUGAAACUUGCUACAGACGAGGAAAAGGAGAGCCUGGCCUUGUCUCUCUGGACAGAAUGUUUACUCCAGGUAGUCUAGCGCCUCUACGCACUGAGUCUAGCUUUCACAGACACAGGAAAAGCAAACAUUCAUAUGUUGGGGCCCCCGCUGCUCCGAGUAACAGACAGGGCUGGAGGGAUGGUUACAUACAACUUGACUACGUGUGUUCUAGUAACAUGAGACCCACCGGUUACAAGUGCUCAUAUGCAUUAAAGAAAGAAUGGCACAGAACUAAGUGUCCUAGAAAGUGGCAAAACCAUACUUUUGACAAGUUUAUUUAAUCCAGUGUGGUAGGAAAGGCACAACGACAAUAAAGGUAUCAUUUAAAUUUAAAAGUUGUUACCUGGCUUUGUCUCUGUUCUUUGGAAGAAACUUCUUUAAAGAGCCUCAUUGGCUCUGGAAAAAUGUUAAGCAAUUAACACGAAGGAAAAAAUUUUAACUUUUUUUUUUUUUUACAAUGACAAUAUACAUUCCUUUUGUAUACACAAGCCCCCCAUUUAAAAUAAAGUUACCCCUAUAAGUUUCAUUAAAUAAUGCUGCCACACUAAUGAGAGGCACUCAUGUCUAUGGGCGUGAGCGAGUUUUAUAGAUGCUGCUUGAAAGAUGACAAGAGCCUGAGAGUAAAGGAAAAACCCCAAUGAUAUCUACACGGAAAGACCAAGUCUAUAAAAAGUUCUCAAAAUAGUGGGUCUUUGAAUUUAAACAAUUCCUGUUAUUUUACAUUCUAAAGUGCAUAUAGACUGAUAUUUUAAAAAAUACCACUGGAGAACUUAAUCUUUCUAUGUAAAAAAAUAGGACAUUUUUCUGCUUUCUGGCAAAAGUUGGGGAUAAAGGGAACAGUUAUCUCCAACUAUCAGUUUAAAACCAGCUCAGGAAGGAAAAAUGCCUGUGAACUGUAUGGUUAAAGGUGGCAAUGAUUACUUGAAACUAAGCCCAAGGUGAUGAGAUCCUAUCUGAUUCUGCUUAAACAGAAGCUAUUUAAAAUGGGAGUGGAACACUGAGUUUUCUAUUUCGUAGAAAAAUCAACUCCACUUUUACUUACAGUAAAAUGGUAUAGUCAAGUCUCAAAUACUACUUGGUUUUAAUUUGAACAUGUGAAAGUUCCCUUUAUCAGGCAAAUACAUACCUGGCUAUGUUAUAUGGAGGUGAAACAAUUUUAAUAAACCCUUCUUGAGGGCAGAUCAGGCAGACCCGAGGGUGAGGUCUCACGCCGGGACAGGUAACACUGAGAGAGUCCUGUGGCCAGAGGGUGUCUUUGUUAAUACUUAGAGCGCAAGGAUGGUCAGGGGAUUUGUGCUUUUUAAGUCUGAAGGACUGAGCAAAGGAUGGCCACAGACAAUACUCCAUAUUUGAGUUUUUUUUUCUAAUAAAAGUUCAGGUCCCUCCCUGGGGUCAGUUACAAGUAUGAAUACUUAUGGUGCUUCAGUUAUAAAAGCCUCAAUAGAAAACCUUUAAGGUUUAGCUAUUAAUAUAGCAGCUUAAUAGGUUUAUUAACUAUUCUUCAAAUAUUGCUAAAAAUUAUUCACGACCUAUAGGAAUUGACUUCCCCGUGCCUUGCACUCAUCCACACGUGUACAAGGAUGUGAAUAACUACAGGUCGGCAGCACUGCCAGGGCCCUAAAGGAUGCUGUCAGGAACGCAACGCAUUUGGUGGACGGGAGAAAGCACAGGCUUCCGUAGACUCGCUCACCCAAGUUGGAGAUGAAGCAGGAAUAGAACCUUUCCCAGAAAUCAUGACCCGUUCUUCACAGGAGCACGGAGCAGUUGGCAAGACGCUGAGCUCCCGUGGGGAGCACCCAUGGUGUGAAGCUUCAGGAAAAGCGCCGCUCCGGGCCCAGGAGCUUCCUCGGGGAGGCGCGGCGCGUC